AUGGAUCAGCCCCGUUGUAUUGUAUGUCCUGACUUACCUAUCUGCAGAACGACGGAAGCUCCAGCCCUUGCCACGAACCAUCCUCUCCGCCGAGCGUUUGCGCGAUACGGUCGAUAUGCCUCCAGACACGUAGUAACGACCCUCAUCAUCUCCGUGACCGUCGCGGCGAUCCUCAUAUACCCCUUCCCGUUCCUCUACACCUCGGACCUGAGCAAUGGCGCCUCCAACCUCCCCCAUCAUGUGUGGACUGCUGCGCAGCCGCUCAAGGAAAACAGCAUCGAAUCCGAUGUAAUCAUGCGCUCCAUUUGGGUUCACGGCAGCUACAUGAAAGCAUUGGACCACGACGUGCUGCUAGGCGCGCUCGAACUGCAGGAUGAGCUCCUGGGUCCCACCAAAGAUUUUAGCCCACGGCGGCCCGUUACGUCCCUUCGGGCCCACGAUCCGCAUGCAGAUCUUGCCCCUCGAGACCGAGAUGCAUUCCAUGUCGUCAACGGCCUCACCAACCAGUCGUGGUUCUUCCAUUCGCCUCUCCAGUACUGGGCAUGCUCCACCGAGCGCAUAUCUUCCGACUCGGACAUCAUUUCUACCGUCAAUGCGCGGAAGACUCAGCCAACCUCAGUAAACGUCACUCUACGACAUUCCAUUGUCUUCAGCGGGAAGCGCUUCGAAGAUCGAAAACUUCUGGCCGCCGAUGCUCUUGUCAUAACAUUGAUCCACCUGCGCGAUUCGCCGGUCGGUCGUCAGUGGGAGAGGAAGGCUGAAGCUCUCGCAAAUCGGAUGAGACACAAAUGGACAGCUUACCCGGCCGACGGGAAGAGCAUGUCCAGCCAGCUGUACGAGUUCCAAUUUAUGCCCAUCUCCGUUCAAGACACAGUAUUCCUGGCGCUGGCAUAUGCUCUAGUCGCGAGUUACUUUCUGUACAGCCUAUCCAAGCUAAGGGCGGUCAAAUCCAAAUUUGGCCUGAUAGUCACGGUCUUUGUCCAGAUUGUCGUCUCUAUCAUGUCCAGCUUUACAGUCUGCGCCGUUUUCCGGGUCGACUUAUCCAGAAUUCCGCAAGCGGCAUAUCCGGUCGUGGUUCUCUCCAUGAGCCUCGAGAACAUAUUCAGACUCAUCAACGCCGUCAUUUUGACUCCCUCGGAGAACAGCACAAGUAGUCGAAUCAGCCGUGCAUUUGGAGAGACGGCACAUGUUGCGCUGGCCAGCUCGGCCCAAAAUGUGCUUAUCCUAUGGGGACUAUCCAAGAUAGUCUCCCCUGGUGUGUCCGCAUUUUGCAACUUUGUGGCCGUCGCUAUUGUGUUUGACUUCUUCUACCUAUCGACCUUCUUCCUCGCGGUCCUCAGUGUCGAUGUGCGACGAACAGAGCUUAGUGACGCGCUUGCCAAGGCAUCGCUGAAAAACAACAGGUACGGGCAGGAGCAGCAACCUGCGAAUAGGAGCUGCCUCGAGGCAAUGCUACAAGGAAAAAUUGGCCUAUCAACGCGCAUUGCAGGCACUGUCAUCAUGAUCACGUUCGUUUUGAUUGCUCAGUGGCACUUUUUCGAGAAUGACACUUUCAUCCGACUGGUACGUGGAAUUUUCAGGGUUUCUAGAGACACCGUCAGCUUUAGCCAACCGAAGAACUCAAUCCUUGUCGAUAUUCACCAAGCGCGAAGCCCAACAUCUUGGCUUCGGCUUCAAGACCACGAAAGCGCCCGCGAGGUUAUCAACGUCAUCAAGCCCAGGUCCCACAGUUACAUCGCUCGGGUAUAUGACCCUCUAGUAUUUGUCCUUAAGGGCGCGGACCGCACGCCUGUUAUGCCGGAACGUCCACUGCUGCCGGCUCUAUAUGACUUCAUCGACCAUCAUCUGAAGCACUUUCUCGUCACCGUGUUAUUCAUUCUAUCUGCUGUCCGUCUUCUCAUGAACUACCUACUGUGGGGAAACGACGCUGAGUCGAGACGCAACGAUGAUAUAGGGGAUCAACCCCUUUUGGCCAUUGAAUCCCUCCCAGAGUCUCACUCCCUGGACGUUGUUCUCAUGUCCUCGUCAUAUGACGGGCACAUUAUUUCCGUCGGCCUGGACCGCUCAAUUCGUGUGUGGGACGUCAGGUCGGGCGUCAGGGACUACUCGCUGGCUGACAUCGAAACACCCCCCGAAAAUCCCUUUCCGGUGUUGGCAGUUGCUACGGACAAGAAAUCCAGCUGGUUGGCAUUGUUAUCCUCCCAUAAGGUCUUCCUAUGGAACUUGGUUGAGCAUCGAUGGAGUCAGCCGAUUCCAGUCGAUUUGAAGAAUCAGAGGCCUGAAAAACCCGAGGGAUUCUUCUUCGGAACACCGACUUUUGACUUUUCGAGCCCCCUCGUCAUUGUGCGACGAAAUGGAACCAUGAUACAGAUUGUUCCUGGUCAGAAUGAGCCUAAGGAAUUUUCCAUCUGCAAGAGCCCCUUAGUUUCCGUCCGUCCGCUGGUACAGAAGAUCGCACCCAGCGGUACUGCGCAGCUGUCUAUUCUGACAGCGUCGAGAAAAGGCUGUAUACAUGUUGCGACACAGCAGCGAGACGACACUUGGAUCUCACAGAGCCUCGACGUACACACAGCCGAAGACCGCGGUGCGUCCCAGGUUGUGCCACUCUCGGCACUCGGUUCGUUCCUUGUAGCGAGGUCUCAUACGGUUGACCUGGUCGAUGCGAAAACGAAGACGCUGCUUCACACCUUUGAGACGGACCCAAUCCAACCGCGGUCGUUGAGGUGUAUUCACUCAUCACGGAGGAAACCUCAGUGUGGGUCAGUAGGGCUUGUUUCGUUCGGCAUCGCGUAUACACAUGCGGACAAAGGCGACUGCGUGAUUCACACUCUGACGCCCAAAGAAGAAGGCAAAGUCAUUUGCUUCCGUAACACAAAUAUGCCACCCAGUCGAAACUGUAGUGCGUGGGCCGAUACAGUCGAGUCGAAACGAGAGAUCAGUAAUCCGGGGACGUGGGAGGCAUUGCCGAACGGUUUCCUCGUGGGCGUCCGGAGAGGGGUAUACGAUAGCGGAUCGAGCAGCGGCGAGUCGUCACCGACAACAACCGGGGGCCUCCGUCACAGGAUGUAUCAACGAUUAGAGAAGCGACCGAGCAGAUCGCAGGACAACUGGGAGGUCUGGGUGGCUUCAGAACUGGGGCGGGAGGAGAUCUACGAAACAAGGCCCCUUCAUGCCGAGUACGAGAUGGGUUCGCAUCUCAUUAUUUCGGAACUGGGUCCCAUAGUCAAGGUCGGCACGGCAUCGGUGGCGGUUGGGUUCGGCAACAUCAUCAAGCUUAUCACGGUUGGACACCAGCACUUUGAGGACCUGGCCGAGAACGAGAAUGGGGAAUCUUUACACAUCGGUAGCCGACGACGGAAACCGGCAGCUGUUGCGCAUGCCCGGAUGAAGGUCCCAUCAUGGAUUUGA